AUGGGCGGGGGCCCCACGGCCUCGACAAGCUACUGCACGGACGAGUUCGCCCGGAGGGCCGCGCGGGCCAUGACCGAGGAAGCCGCCCCGGACUAUCACGAGGUCCUAAGGAGCAUGUCCCAGGAAAAUGAGACCGACAGGCGCGCUUUGGCGGGGCAACAGGAGUCGACCUCGCCCGCUGCGGACCCUGAUUCCAAGGAGUACCAUAAGAUCAUGCAAUGGCUCACAUCUGCGCACCGAGGGUCCGGUCACAGCUCCAAGGUGUCCAUGCUGAAUGACUUUCACUGCGAGGCGCGCGAGGGGGCGACCAACCGCCGCCCGACGCACCCGCCCGUCAGUCUCGAGGCCAUGCCCCCGAAGUGGAAGCAGAUCCAGGCGGACCAGUUCGAGUGGGAGCACCCCCGGACGAAGCUCAAGGCCAAGUUUUCGCUGAUCGUCGACGAGAGCUGCAAGGUCCGGGUCACUAAGUUAUUGUACCACAUGGUGGGCCAGGACCGCCACAGGAAUCCCGUCUGGGUAGACCUCAAGAGCUUCUACGAAGAAAGGUGGCUGCCGUACUUCGGAAAGCCGCAGCGCGUGAAGGUGGAUCCCGAGGGCUCCUGGAUGUCCAAGCAGGCCGCCCAGCAUUUUGACUCGCACUCCAUCGGGUACGAGCCGAUCCCCGGCCAGGCUCACUGGCACAUCUCCUUCGCUGAAGAGGCGAUCCAGGCAGCCGCGGGGACUAUGGGCAAGCUCGUGACCGAGAACCCGGAUAUGUCCACCGAAGAGGCCCUGGCCUGCGCCACAGCAGCCGGGAUUUCUCGAGAGGAGUACCUGGGGCAGGUGCACCUGCGUCGCCUGAGCCAGGCAGAGAACGCCAAGAACCAGUCGCUCAAGGCCGCGGCGCCCGGCAUGUGGGCGCGCUAUUUCCGCGAGGAGAAGGGCGAGGUGAAGGGCCGAUUCAAAGGGCUUGCGCGGGUGCUCGCAGCGGAGACUAACCGGCCCGUAGACGGUGACCUUGGAGCAAACCAGACAUUGCAUCCAGGUCGUGCAGGACCUGUGGUCUGGUUGGUCCGGGCAGGGCGCAUCAUCAAGGUGGAUGUAUGCCAGGUCCGGGCUGCUUCCGCGCGGGGGAUCGCCUGCGCCGAGCUCAUGGCGGGCAAGGACACGCCCUGGACCGUGAACACAUUCAUGAAUCAGGCGACGCGGCAGGAGUACCUGGACUUCUCGGGGCACGACCCCACAGAGCAAGACGAGGAACUCGCAUCCUGGGAGGGGGCCAAGUCCGAGCGCAGCCAGAACCCUGUGCGCAAGGCAAUUCGGAAGAAGGCCCCACCGCCAGGAGGAGUGGCCAGCAUCGCGAAGGCAGCCCGGGCUGCACAGACGGAGGAUGCCAUGAUGGAAAGGGCUGCCCUCAUGGCCAAGGCAUCUCCAGACGCCCGGUCUUUCUGGGCACGGCAGGGGACAUCCCUGGAGAUCUCGGUCGAGUUGCCCCUGGCGGGAAAGCCCAUGAAGCAGGCCACGAGGCACUUGAGCACCUACAUGGUGGAAAAGUUCAGCGUCGCCAAGGCCGCCGAGGUGAGCAAGUUUGCGAUAUCCUCCGCGCUCGAAUCCUCGCCACCAGGAGUCGCUCCGCCACCAGAGGAUGCGAUGCGCACGCGGUGGAUCCUGGAGUGGAAGAUGGGCGAGGCGACGAGCGAGAAGAAGCCCAAGGCCCAGAUCGUGGUCCUAGGUUACAUGGACCCUGAGUACGAGCACCGGCCAACGACCGCUCCAACAAUGACCAGGUCCUCCCGGCACCUGGUGCCGCAGGCUAUGGCGUGGCUCGGGUUCAAGGGAUACAAGGCGGAUGUGACAGGAGCAUUCGCCCAGAACCGGGAGAUCAAGCACGACCUGUUUGCGAUGCCCGUGAAGGAGCUUGCUGUCGCCCUGGGUAUGCCCGAAGGGGUUGCGAUGAGGCUGCGGAAGGCCGUCUAUGGGCUCGUGGAGGCAGCGAUCGAGUUGUUCAUGACGGUGAGCGAGGCCCUGGAGGAGUUCGGCUGGACGCAGAUGAAGAUGGACCCAUGCGUUUGGGUGCGCUACGGUCAUUCCCACGGCCAGGACAACAGCUUCACUAAGGAGGCCCUAGGCCAGUUCAUCGGAGCCGAGGUGUUGGGCGAGCUGGUCGCGGCGAGGGGUGACCUGGAUAUUGUGGCUAUUGCGGGGUCCCACGUGGAUGACUUCUUGCCCGGGGGGAAGGAGACGGACCCCAGGUGGAUCGAAGCCCGGAAGAAGAUCGAAGAACGGUUCAAGUGGAAGGCAUGGGGGACCGACGAGUUCAUGCAGACGGGUGUCCGUAUCCGGCAGCUGCCAGAUAUGAGGUUCAAGAUGGACCAAAGCGAGCAUGCGAAGACCAUCGAGAAAGCAGUCGUGAGCCCGGAGCGGAAGAGGAACAAGGACGCCCCGACCACAGACAAGGAGAAGGGGCAGCUAAGGGCAAUCCUGGGGGCAAUCGGCUGGCGCUCAGAGCAGUCCGGCCCCGUGCACUCGGCGGGCGCCAGCCUGUUGCUCAGCACGAUGCCACCAUCCACCGUGCAGACCCUCCUGGGCACGAACCGCCCGGUGCACAGGGCACGGGAAGGAGCCGACCUCCCCGUGGUCAUCCACAGCCAUUCCAACGCGCAAGUAAUUGUCCCCAUCGAGUGGUCAGAUUCUUCAGAAGUGAACCGCCCCGACGGAAAAUCCACCAAGGGACUUGUCGCAGGGAUGGCCCCACUCCGCAUCCUGCAGGGAGACGAGUCAGACGUGAGCAUGAUCUCUUGGAAGUCAGGAAAGAUUGACCGAGGGUGCCGGAGCUCCGUAUCAUGUGAGACCCGAUCAGCCGUGGACGGUGAAGAUGAACUGUUCGGGGUCAAGCUUCAGAGGCUGGAGAUCCUCGGCAACCAGAUUGACUGGCGCAACCCGGAAGGGACCCUAUGCCAGCUACCCGCCGCCCUCGUGGUGGACGCCAAGGGGCUCUACGACAAGCUGCAGACUACGGUGCGCACGUUCCCGGGCAAGGAGAAGAGGACGGACGUGGAGGCCAUGACCUUAAAGGAGGGAGCGACAGCGUCCAACAACUGGGUGCUGUGUGUACACGGUGACGCUCAGCUGGCGAACUCUUUGACCAAAGGGCACGAGCCUGGACAGCUGAGGAUGUACUACAGCAGUGGCCACAGGUGGAGGCUGGUCUACGAUGCCAAGUACCAGAGUGCCAAGAAACGGAAGGCCGCAGGGGCAAGAGACGGUGCCGCGUACGCUGCGACAGGUACGGAAACCAAUCCUGUGGGUUUCCCAGAGUAA